AUCGCGAUAUUAUCGUUGAGGUAGAAGGUCAGCUGAUCAUUCACUCGCGUGUGUGUGGCAAGGGGCCAGUAGUCCGGGUAACGCAAGAGAGAGCUUCAAGGCGCUGUAACACCGUGACACACCGCCCCAAAGAUGGCAGAUAACAACCAACAAAGCCCUCUUAGACCGGGGCCCGUGCAAUUUUUAAUGAGCAACAAGCUGGAAACUGCAAUGUGGCUGUCACGCCUCUUCACCGUCUACUGCUCCGUCAUGUUUAUUCUUCCAAUCCUGGGGCCCUACGCAGCGGCCAACUUCUACCAGCGGGCGCUCUUGGCUAACGCGCUCACCAGCGCCCUCCGCUUGCACCAGAGACUCCCCAGGUUCCAGCUGAGCCGAGCGUUCCUGGCCCAGGCCCUGCAGGAGGACAGCUGCCAUUACCUGCUGUACUCCCUCAUCCUGGUCAAUUCCUACCCCAUCACCAUGAGCAUCUUCCCAGUCUUCCUCUUCUCCUUGCUUCACGCGACCACCUACACCAAGAAGGUCCUGGAUUCGGUCGGCCCCAGCAGCUUGAUGUUGGUCAGGAACCUUCUGGACAAACUGUCUGCUAAUCAGCAGAACAUCCUCAAGUUCAUCGCCUGUAACGAGAUCUUCCUGAUGCCCGCCACGGUCUUCAUGCUCUUCAGUGGCCAGGGAAGCCUCCUGCUGCCUUUCAUUUACUAUCGCUUCCUUAGUCUGCGCUACACAUCCAGAAGAAACCCGUACUGUCGCACUCUGUUCACCGAGCUGCGAAUCCUGCUGGAGCACUUCAUCAUGAAACCGGCGUGCCCCGCCAUCUUCAGGAGAAUGUGCCUCAGCAGCAUCGCCUUCAUCAGCCGCCUCGCCCCCACCGGCGUCUGAGGCCUGCUGGUGAAACUUCUCGCUUUCUUCUCUGUGUGGCCGCCAGCGAGGGUGCGGCCUGCAUUGUGAUGAGGACAGACAAUACCACCAAGGAGGACCCCCCACCCCCCUUUUUCCCCCCAUUCUGCCCCAGUUAAAGACCAGACAGUAAUGCACUGAAGUUUUGUGAUGCCCCCCAACCACACACACACACAUCCUAAUAUGACCUCAUCAAAGCGGCGGACUGGCCGCUGUCCCUCCUGCGCUCCGUGAGUGGAGUGCAGUGGACAUCUUAACUUCCUCCUAUGACCUUAUUUAUUCACUGCUUUGUCUAUCAUGACACAUUAACAUUAAGAGAUUAGUAACUUAAUUUACAAAUAAUCUUAUCUGUAAAUUGAAAUGUGCUUGUAGUUAUGAAGGGUAUGAUUGUUUGUGUGCAAUUUAUACAGUACACGGUCUACUUUUUGUUUUUUUUUACUAUUUGCUUUCUUAACUAAAUGCCUAACUUCACUCCUUUUUUGACUGUGAGGAUGUUUAAAAAAAAAAGCUUGACUUGAAAAGAAAUGACCUGCUGGAUAGUACAUUGAAACUCAACUGCAUGAUGCAUCGCAAUCAGUAAGUUGAAACACCAUUCUUACCUUCCUUCUGCAGUCUACAAACUUUUGAUUGUGUCCGUCAUUUAUUGUACUACUUAGUUUUGCUUGCACUGUGCCCUAAUUUUUGUCUCUUCCAUGCCGAUUGUCUUUAUUUGCAUACAGAUGAACCAUGUUUUUAUCACAAGAUGAGCUCUUAAGAUUACCAAAUAAAAUAUUAAGAUGACUUUCA